AUGGCUAUAAAAGUAGUAUUAAUCGGUUCCGGGGCGGUUGGUACAUCCUUUCUAUAUUCCGCUAUUAAUCAAGGAUUAGCCUCUGAAUAUGGUGUAAUUGAUGUUAACGAAAAUGGAAGGGAUGGAAACGUUCUUGAUCUUGAAGACGCAAUAGAUUCUGUGCCUAUUCAAUACAAAAUCUAUGCGUCAGACUACAGCAAUCUUUCUGAUGCCGACUAUAUAGUUAUCUCUGCGGGUAGACCACAAAAGCCUGAAGAAACAAGGCUUCAAAUGGUUCAAGAUAACGUAAAGAUCAUAAAAGAUAUUGCUUCAAAAAUCAAAGCUUCUGGGUUCAAAGGAAUAACUUUCAUUUGCGCCAAUCCGGUUGAUGUCCUUACUUACGCGUACCUUAAAGAAACAGGAUUUGAAAAAGCCAAAGUUAUAGGUUCUGGUACUGUGCUUGACACAGCUAGAUUGAGGCUUGCCAUUUCCAAAGAUAUGGGCGUUUCUACAAGAAGUGUGGAAGGUGCGUAUGUCAUUGGUGAACAUGGGGACUCUUCUGUAACCACCUACUCAAACAUUAAAGUGUGCGGACAACACAUUUCAACUUUAAAGUCAAGAUACACUCAGGAUAACUACACAACCGAUCUAGAGAAAGUAGUUGCCAGAAAAGCUUAUGAAAUCAUAAACAGAAAAAGAGCUACAUUUUACGGUAUUGGUGCAGCUAUGGCUAAAUUACUAAGCGUUGUUAUUAGAGACACAAAAGAGAUUGUUGUGUGUGGUUCUCUUCUUGAGGGCGAAUAUGGUCUGAAGGAUGUUGUUCUUGGCGUGCCUUGUGUGUUAGGAAAGAAUGGGAUAGAAAGGGUAAUUGAACUUGAACUAAACUCCAUGGAAAAAGAAAAACUUGCCAAUUCCUACAAAAUAGUUUCCGAUAUUAACGCUCAAGUAUAA